GAGCGUCCUGUGACCUCCAGCACCAUGGUGGAGAGAGAGAGGAGGAGUAGUGUAUUGUACUGGAUAAGGUGUUUUAUGUUAUUUUAUGUGGUGUGUGACAACAGUUCCGAUUACCGUAAUGGACGAGAGGAAACGUUAACUGCGUCGCCGUCGGAUGAACGCUGUUUGCAACGACUCUAGACACAAGAAAUCUGAAGUAUCUUCACGAGUUCAUAGCGGAAGUUGAAACAUCAAAAGCUCCACCAAGACCUCAAGAGGAAUGAAUCAGCAUCCUAAGUGAUAAGGCUAAGAACUCUGUUGUUAGGGUAGAGUGGAAUGAGGAAAGUUGCACGACUAAUACUCGGUACACCGCCAUCUUCAUGAUGGAAAGGAUCCACAUAACCCACCCAGGCAAAUUCCACAGGUUGAACCAAGUUGGAGUAGUCAGUCAGCAAACAGUUGGCUACCCCAUACCAACCUCGUAUGUCAACUUUCACGUUCAAGAGAGUCUGAAUUUAGUUCCAAAAGAACAGAAUUCUCAGACGUCUCAGACCGUUCAGACUACUACUGCAACUGUUCAGAUUCCUGCCCAGGCAUCUUUACAAAUCCCUGCUCAGACUCAGCUACAGAUCCCACAAAUUCAAAUUCCAGCCCAGGCUACUCUGCAGAUUCCUACUCAGAUCACCUCGCAACUCACGACACAGGAAGCUCAGCAGCUCAUCAACAAAACGGCCAUUCACAAUGCAACAGAGCUCCUUCUGCCACAACCAACACAAAGCACCUCCCAAGUUGCAACUCAGACGACUCCACAGGCACAAAUUGCAGUACAAAACCAGGUAACAACACCGACAAACCCUGAGAGGCCUUAUGAAUGUCAGCGCUGUAGCAGGCAGUUUGCCCAGAAGAGUCAUCUCACCAGCCACAUGCUAUGGCACGACCGAGAGAAGAACUUUGAGUGUCAGAAAUGCGACAAGAAAUUCUCCAUGGAGAGUCACUUGAACGGACACAUGUUGGAACACAGCGAAAAUAAGAAAUACGAGUGUGAAAUGUGUGGCAAGCGAUUUGCCAUGGAGAAUUACCUGAACAGCCACAUGCUCGUCCACAUCUCGGAAAAGAAGUUUGAGUGUAAGCAGUGUGACAAGAAAUUCUCCAUGGAGAACCACCUUAACAGCCACAUGAUGGUUCACAACCAGGAGAAGAACUUCAAGUGUGACAAGUGUCAUAAGCGCUAUUCCCAGAAGAGCCACUUGGUGAGCCAUAUGCAGAAACACAGCACAGACAAAAAAUUUGAAUGCUCAGUUUGUAACAAGCGAUUCUUAUUGGAGAAUCAUCUCAAUAGCCACAUGCUUAUUCAUAGUGAAGAGAAAAAGUUUGAGUGCAUGAUGUGUGGAAAGAAAUUCAACAUGGAAAACCACCUGAAUAGCCAUAUGUUAGUGCAUAGUGAGGAAAAGAGAUUCCAGUGCAGCCUGUGUGAGAAACGGUUCAACAUGGAGAGUCACUUGAACAGCCACAUGUUGGUUCACAAUGACGAAAAGAAAUACGAGUGUCAAAUAUGUCACAAGAGGUUCAACAUGGAAAGUCAUUUGAAUAGCCACAUGUUGGUUCAUAAUGAAAAGAAGUUCCACUGCCUCAUGUGUGGAAAGAGAUUUUACAUGGAGAUUCAUCUGAACAGUCACAUGGUAAUGCACAACACAGAGAAGAACUUUGCGUGCGAGGUUUGCGGCAAGAGAUUCACCCUGGAAAGUCAUCUGAACAGCCACAUGUUGAUUCAUAGUGAAGAGAAGAAAUUUGAAUGUCUUAUCUGUGGUAAGAGAUUCAACAUGGGCAGUCAUCUGAACAGCCAUAUGUUGAUCCACAAUGAAAAGAAGUUCGAGUGCAUGCUCUGUGGCAAGCGCUUCAACAUGAUUAGUCAUCUCAACAGUCACAUGCAGGUACACAGUGAAAAAAGGUUUGAGUGUGACAUUUGUGGGAAGAAAUUUGGACAGAACAGUCACCUUAAUAGCCACAGGUUCGUGCAUAGCAUUGAAAAGAAGUACGAGUGUCAGGUUUGCAAGAAGAAAUUCUUGCAGGAGAGUCAUCUCACCAGCCAUUUGUUCGUGCACAGUGAAGAGAAGAAGUUCGAGUGCGAAAUUUGUGGCAAACGUUUCUUACAAGAAUUGCAUUUGAACAGCCACAGGUACAUGCACAACGAGGAUGUCAAACAGGAGUGUCAGGAGUGGGGAAAGAGAUUCAACCAGAGAAGCCAAGUGAGUAGCAACCCUGUCAUGGUUCAUAAUGACGAGAAGAGGUUCGCGUGCGAGACGUGCGGCAAGCGUUUCGCCCAGAAGAGUCACUUGAAUAGCCAUAGGUUUGUCCAUAGCGAAGAGAAGCGUUUCGAGUGCGGAGUCUGCGGCAAACGUUUCGCCCAGGCCAGUUACCUUAGUAGCCAUAGUUAUGUACAUAGUGAGGAAAAGAAAUUCGAGUGCGAGGUAUGCAAGAAACGUUUCACUCACGAGAGUUACCUGAACAGCCACCGGUACGUGCACAUCGAGAAGAAAACUGCCGAGAUUGUGGAGUUUGUGAAACUGGUCCCUCAACCAUUACCGAAGGAAGGAGACGGCUCUCAGAUGGAGAUUGAGGACGAUAAGAAACCCAUGCAGUAUGACCCUAACACGAAAUUGUUGAUACAGCAGACAUAUCAACCGCCGUAUGCUUACGCUCAGUGGGAACACGUGCGCACCCUGUGGUCCUUGUAAUGAGUCUAGUGAUCUAGAACGAAACGGGAAACAUUCUGAGUGAAGAAGAACUUGUGACAAACAUUUAUUCUGACUAUAACUAUAAAUAUUUUAUCAUGUUAUUGCUUAGUUUUUGGGGUGGAAGUUUCUGGUUGUAAUCGAUAAUCUGCAGUACUUCUUAGUUUCACAAAAAUAAAAAACAAUUUUUAUUUGAUGUAGAAAUGCUUUGAAUAUGAUAUAGCCUGCCUGUGGUAGGAUCUGGUAUUACUAUUAUAUUAUUAUUACAUUUAUUAUUAUUAUUAUAUUAUGAGGAUGUAUAUUUAUAAAAAAAAAAAGUGGAAUGUAACAUAUUGUACACUAUUUUUUAAAAUAUAAACAGGCCUGUCAGUUGAAUGAUGAGUUUCGGAUAUUUUAUACAAUGAAAUUUGUGAAUAAUGAAACAACAACCCUGGUGUUGAGUAUUUAGUUACGUAAUGUUUACUGCAAUUAUAAUUAAGAAUUACACGAUGAUUUUACAAACACAGUGAAAAACGAAUAGGCGUGUGUGUACAAGUGCUGUAAAUCGACAGGGACCUUUGGAAAUAACCGUAGUCCCCUUUUAGCGAAAUUUAAACGUAUUAUGAUACGUUUGAGCGAGUGAAAUGCGGAAACUGACCAGCUGUCAGAUCUUCGCCGUUGUGAUUUGACGGCAGAAGGUUAAGGAAAGAUUUCUGAUAAACUUCAGAAAGAAAAUAAAUUCUGUGGUGCCGUAAUACUACAACUGUUCCUCUGAGAUAGCAUGCUCUGUGAAUUCUCAGAGAAGAGCUGGUUCCAACGGCAAACUGCUCUUAAUUCCUUAUUGUUGAACUCGAGAAGAAAAGUCCUUUGAAAAAAUCGUGUUGCACCACAAAGCCAAAAAAAGAAAACAUUAAAAAAAAAACACUGGUUUUUGAGAUACUUUUCAUAUACUUCAAACAGGUAUUUCAAAAAGUGUAUGAUGAAAAAUAAUCACCUAGCUUUCAAAUAUCCAAUAGGACUUAUCUGUGAUUUUUAAUGUACAGUUAGUCAUAGGAACUUAUUAUUUUACCUUUACCUGUACUUAUUUCUACCAAACAAAUCGUAUAUGAUGAUGAUGAUGAUACACUUGUGUAAUAGGCUAGACUUUGCUAUCAUGUGCGUAUGAUGCCGUUAACUUCGUUACUACUAUAUAUUUUGGUAAUACUACUACUAUCAGUGUCGUUUAGUUGACGUAGGUCCAAAUUCUGGUUUGAUUCGGAGGUCACUCGAGAAGUAUUCGUCUCGAUUUUCCGUAGAUGACGUCACUAGCUUCAACUCACAAGUCUGACCGAGUUUUUAAAUAGUGGGGGCGGAAGAGGGUUAAGCAAGAAACACCACAAACUAAAGCGAUGAAUGCACAGCAAAGGAGGAGUAGUACAAGUGACGCGUACAAGAUAGGCGCAAGAAGUCGAUUUAAACAACCGUGACUCUUCUACGGAAAAAAACAGGCGCGAAAAAAAGCUCGCGCGAGAUAUUCCUCGAGUUUGUAACCUCCUCAGGCAAUAGAUUCUAAAAAGUAUGGAGUCUUCUAUAAUUAAUUUUUUUCACUGUCUUUCACUAGUUAGCAGCUAAAAAUAUAAAAGCUAUGUUCAUCUUACCAGGAAGAGGGGGGGAAAAAAAUUCCGUGUUACAGUAGGCGCGCGUCGUAUGUUUUUUUCCAACUUUUGUGCAGAUUUGAUCGAUUGUAUCGAGAACGGGAUACACUCAGGGUGUGUCAUGAUGCUUCAGGGAAUAAUAAUGUUUAUAUAAACGCGUAUUUUAGGAAAAAAUUGUUGCUAAAUUAAUUUUUUUUAUUUGUGAUUUAUGGUUAUUAUAUAUAUGUAUAUACAUAUUAACUGAAUCACGAAAAUGUGGAACGUGAAGGAUACUAUAUAAAUAAAGGCGAAAGUCACGAAGGAGAGAGGAAACGACGGAGAUAUAUGCAAGGCCUCUCGACUUCUUGUCUAAAAGGUCUUGCAGCUCUGCAUCGUAUCUUUCGUUUGUGGAUUUUGUCUGAAUAAUUAAAAUGCAAUUUAGCUUUUGGAUUAUCAAAAGGUUUCCUAUGCUUUUAUAUAUAUAUAUAUAUAUAUAUAUAUAUAUAUAUAU